GCAAACACGGAAGUCCAUAGGUUACAUUAUUUUCAGAAAGUAAAUGAUUUAAAGUUAAAGUUUACUUCGAAACUUCAAAACAAAUUUGUUUUAUGCAUUCUUAAAUUUUCAAUGCUAAGGAGUGUUCAAAAACAAUUUUGGGUGUGAAUGAAGCUUCAGUCCGUCCUGCAGGUAAGUGAAUUUUUCUGCGUGCAGCUAGAAUGACCUCAUGGCUAAGAAGCUUAUGAUCACGUAUGCCUUGUGGGCAAUGGGCGGCCCACUCGGCCUGCAUCACAUUUACCUGGGCAGAGACAGCCAUGCUCUUCUUUGGAUACUGACCUUUGGUGGUUUUGGCAUUGGCUGGGCAAGAGAAUUCUUCCGUAUCCCAUCCUACGUGAGUGAAGCCAACCAUGACGAGAAAGGCCCUGUUCGACAUCCAGGUGCCUCUCCACCACCACCAGUAGGCCUGAUUAGAUUUGUCGGUCAGAUUUGUGUGGGUAUUUACUUUGGUUCAGUGGCUUUAAUAAGCCUCAGUUCUCUCAGCUUCUUCUACUUCCUAGUGUUGCCUCUGAGUGUUGCUGCUGGUGUGCAUCUGGUGUCCUCUGUGGGCCAGCAGACCUCGAACCUUCACAAGACUCUCAUUACAUGCGUCAUCACAUCAUCCAUCUUCUACGGCAGCAGUCUCUCUCCUCUGCCCAUCAGCAUAGCUGGCAGUGUCACCUCUGCACAGCACAACACAUUGAAACCUCUGAGACCAGAGCCACUGGGGCCUCGUCUGUAUCGUCUAAGUUUAGGAGUGCUGGCUUUCUCUGCCCCGCUGGGAUACUGUGUUUUCCACAACACCACUGCUACACUGUACUACAUAUCGGACUGCAUAGCGGCCCUGCUUGAUUUCUUCUGGUUCUUUCCAUGGCUCAAAGGGGUCCUGGAGUAUUUUCUCCUGUUGCCAUAUCGUCUGCUAUGUGUCCUGACAGGAGGAGGUUUCUAUGAGGAAAGCUGGAGGAAGAUGCUUGAAAUAAUUCUUAAUGAGUUUAGUAGAAAAGAAAUGGAGGCGCUGAAGAUACUAGCAUUACCAGAAGAGGCUUCUCUGGAGGAGAUCACUCGCAGCUACAGGGAACUGGCUAAAGUGUGGCAUCCAGAUCACAACCCCAAAAGGCAAGAAGAGGCUCAACGGAUGUUUAUUCAGAUCCAGGAGGCUUAUGAGAUACUUCUGGAUAGACAUAAGACAAAACGGAGAAAAUGAACUUCUGAGGGACCGGUCACAUACACUUUAAAGGGAUAGUUCACCUAAAAAUUAAAAUUAACUCACUAUUUACUCAACCUCAAGUGUUUCCAAACCUUUAUGAGUUUCUUUAUUCUCAAGAUAUUUUAAAGAAAGGUGAAAUCCUGUAACCACUGACUUCCAUCGUACAAAAGGAAAAAAAAUACUAUGGAAGUCAACGGUUACAGGUUUCCAGCUUUUCAAAAUAUCUUCUUUAGUGUUCAACAAAAGAAAGGCUAUCAGGUUUUUCAGUUUUGGGUGAACUAUCCCUUUAAGCUCUUCACAUACAGAAAGAACACAAGGAUUUUAGCACAAAGUCAAUGGGGUGCAAUAAACGUGAAUGUUUCUAAACAAAA